GAGCGAGCGAGCGAGCGAGCGAGCGAACGAGCGGGGCAUUUCUGCGCAGCUCCACUGCGCCUCGGAGCCCGCCGGGGCGGCCUCCAGACGAGGAGACCAAGGGACAGACAGUGCCCGGAAGCCGCGUCGCCGCCGCCAGGUGCCUACCUGCGUGCCUGCCUUCCAGCCCGCCAGCCCGCCAGCCAUCUGACCCGGGAGCUGCCGUGCACAGAGGAGGGGCGUGCUGGUCACCAUGACAACAGAGACAGGCCCCGAUUCUGAGGUGAAGAAGGCUCAAGAGGAGGCCCCGCAGCAGCCCGAGGCCGCUGCUGCCGCAACCACCCCUGUGACCCCCGCAGGCCACGGCCACCCAGAGGCCAACUCCAAUGAAAAGCCUCCGCCCCAGCAGGACGCUCGGCCUGCGGAACAGAACCUAGACAUGGAGGAGAAGGACUACAGCGAGGCCGAUGGCCUGUCAGAGAGGACCACGCCCAGCAAGGCCCAGAAAUCACCCCAGAAGAUUGCCAAGAAGUAUAAGAGCGCCACGUGCCGAGUCACUCUGCUUGAUGCCUCCGAUUAUGAGUGCGAGGUGGAGAAACAUGGCCGGGGCCAGGUGCUGUUCGACCUGGUCUGUGAGCACCUCAACCUCCUGGAGAAGGACUACUUUGGCCUGACCUUCUGUGAUGCUGACAGUCAGAAGAACUGGCUGGACCCUUCCAAGGAAAUCAAGAAGCAGAUCCGGAGCAGCCCCUGGAAUUUUGCCUUCACUGUCAAGUUCUAUCCCCCUGACCCUGCACAGCUGACAGAAGACAUCACAAGGUACUACCUGUGCCUGCAGCUGCGGGCAGACAUCAUCACCGGCCGGCUGCCUUGCUCCUUUGUCACGCAUGCGUUGCUGGGCUCCUAUGCCGUGCAGGCUGAACUGGGCGACUAUGAUGCUGAGGAGCAUGUGGGCAACUAUGUCAGUGAGCUACGCUUCGCCCCUAACCAGACCCGGGAGCUGGAGGAGAGGAUCAUGGAACUGCACAAGACCUACAGGGGCAUGACCCCGGGAGAAGCAGAAAUUCACUUUCUGGAGAACGCCAAGAAGCUGUCCAUGUAUGGAGUAGAUCUGCACCAUGCCAAGGACUCUGAGGGCAUCGACAUCAUGUUAGGGGUCUGUGCUAACGGCCUGCUCAUCUACCGGGACCGGCUGAGAAUCAACCGCUUUGCCUGGCCCAAGAUUCUUAAGAUCUCAUACAAAAGGAGUAACUUCUAUAUCAAGAUCCGGCCUGGGGAGUAUGAGCAAUUUGAGAGCACGAUUGGCUUUAAGCUCCCAAACCACCGGUCAGCCAAGAGACUGUGGAAGGUGUGCAUCGAGCACCACACGUUCUUCCGGCUGGUGUCUCCUGAGCCCCCACCCAAAGGAUUCCUGGUGAUGGGCUCCAAGUUCCGGUAUAGUGGGAGGACCCAGGCCCAGACCCGCCAAGCAAGCGCCCUCAUCGACCGGCCAGCACCCUUCUUUGAGCGUUCUUCCAGCAAGCGGUACACCAUGUCCCGCAGCCUCGACGGAGCAGAGUUCUCGCGACCAGCCUCCGUCAGUGAGAACCACGACAUGGGGCCUGAUGGCAACAAGCGGGAGGAGGAUGGCGAGUCUGGAGGGCAACGGUCGGAGACCGAGGAGGGAGAGGUCAGGACCCCCACCAAGAUCAAAGAGCUGAAGCCGGAGCAGGAAACCACGCCAAGACACAAGCAGGAGUUCCUCGACAAGCCGGAGGAUGUGCUGCUGAAGCAUCAGGCCAGCAUCAACGAGCUCAAGAGGACGCUGAAGGAGCCCAACAGCAAGCUGAUACAUCGGGACCGGGACUGGGAGCGCGAGCGCAGGCUGCCUUCCUCACCUGCCUCUCCCUCCCCCAAGGGCACCCCUGAGAAAGCCAAUGAGGGUUCAGAGCCCUGGGUAUUUAUAGAAAGGCAGUACACUAGGCCAGAAGAACUUGGUUUCCUCAAAGUGGCCGCCGUCCAGCAGGAAGAAGGUGAGGCCGGCUUUGCAGAUGUCCUUGCCAACGGCAGACUCUCCAAGGUAGACGUCCUGGUGGACAAGUUCAAAGUUGAAAUGGCCAUGGAAGAGAUUGUGACAACUGGAAGGGCAAGCACCCAGCAACGAGGGAGGAUGAUCGCCAGCCCUGAGGACUUUGAGUCCUUGUGGAGGGAAGGCCCCUGGGGCAGGGCGAGCCCAGGGGGCACCACCCUGGCCGUUGGCUGCACAAUGGCAGACCAGCCCGUGGAGGGCUCCCAGCUCGGGGUGAGCAAUGGGGAGGCAGCCCUCAGGAACCACUGUGACCCUGUCCCUUGGGGUCAGCCGGGGAGCCAGACAGCACCGCGCAAGGGGCUAGGGAAGCUCCCCGCCUUGGGGACCAGCCCAGCAGAAGUGGAUGUCCCCUCCCCAGCCUCCGACCACGGAGGCCUCCAGUCGUUCCUCUUGCGCACAGACGCCAGGGCCGACUCCAGUGACGAAACUGACACCUCCUUGGCAGAGAGGAGCUUCUAUUUAAACUAUGGAGAGGAAGAUCAAGGCCUGCCUCAGGCUCUGGGGGAGAGAGCAGAGCACCUGGACACCCCACCUGGAGGCAAGGCCAGGCCCAAGCCAUUACAGGAACCCCCAAACCUGAGGGCCUCUGCCGCAGCUGCCAGCGCAUGUAAGGAUGAAGCCUAUGUGGUCUCCUUGGAGGAGGAGCAGGCCAAGCCCCCUGAGAGCCGUGGCCGACCUGAGGGCCCGAAGGGACCUUCUGCAGGGCACGUGUUCAUUGAGGACCAAGAGGAAGUACAGCGAGAAGUACAGACAGAGUUUUCUGGCCCAGCAGCCAUUGCACCCCAAGAGGAUACCCCCAGCUGUGCAGAGCUAAUAAUGAAGGCUGACCAGAGUCCCCCAGCAAGCAGAAGAAAGGGAGAGCUCCCGGACCCCCAGGACUAUGUCCUCCCAUGGGCCACCCCUCCUGACAUUGGGAAACCAGCCAGGCAGGACACAGGCAACUCUCAGCCCCAAGAACAACCAGUGAUUCCUACCCAGCCCUCAGGCCCUGAGCCACAGAGCUGUGAAGCCACUAAGCCCCCACCUGCCUCUCCUGAGCACCUGGAGGCUCUGGCAGCUCUGGGGAGAGCCUAUUCAAGCCUAGCCUUUCACACAUCAGGGAAGCCUUCAGGGCUUGGGGACCAGGCCCCAGCACUGCUCACACAGGUCCUAGAGCCCACGGACCUCGCUGGGUCCCGUGACUCCAGAGGCGAGCACAGGGUACCACCCGUGGCCAGCCGAAAGCCCCGCAUUAUAGAAGCCCAGGCUGGCGCCGUAGCCCUGACAAAGCAAGCACAGGCAACUUCUUUCCAGGCAGUGGGCCAGGGGAGCUCCUUGGAAGAUAUCAGCAAAACCUCGGUGGCCAACAAAAUCCGGAUAUUUGAGACUCACGGAGCCGAACCUUGCCAAGCAAAUCAGCUUGAAAUGAGAGCCUUUGCCCGUGACUUGUCUCCAGACUUGCCCAUGGGACAGGUAGAACAACAGCAGCAGAACAAGCUUUUAGACCUGGGCUUUGUCCAGCUUCAGCCCCCAGGUGACUUGGCCAGCCCCAGAGCCACAUCUGCCUCCAUCAAGCCUCUGAUCACUAGGCACACCACAAGAAGAGACAAUUCCACCAGCUGGCACCAGGAAGUGUGCACAGAAUUAGCGUCCCCCGAUUCAGGCUGUGAAGACGCGCCAGGGAUAACUGGCCACAGCAAGCCCGGAGACGCCGUCAGGGAAGAAAAGAGCCGCACCGGCUGGGCAGCCAACACCCCUGGCAAGGGGGUGCACCUGGGACGUGCCAGCCCCUCGGGCCCCCAGAGAGCUGGGCUGAGGGAGGGCUCAGAGGACAAAGUCAAGCCACCGCGUCCUCGGGCCCCCGAGAGUGACACAGGCGAUGAGGACCAGGACCAGGAGCGGGACGCAGUGUUUGUGAAGGACAACCACCUGGCCAUUGAGCGCAAGUGCUCCAGCAUCACAGUCAGCUCCACAUCCAGCUUGGAGGCGGAGGUGGACUUCACGGUGAUUGGUGACUACCACAGCAGCGCCUUCGAGGACUUCUCUCGCAGCCUGCCCGAGCUCGACCGGGACAAAAGCGACUCAGACACCGAGGGCUUGGUGUUCGCCCGGGACCUCAAGGGAGCCCCCAGCCAGGACGAGGAGUCCGGGGGUAUCGAGGACAGCCCAGAUCGAGGGGCAUGUUCCACCCCGGAUAUGCCCCAGUUUGAGCCCGUGAAGACAGAGACCAUGACCGUUAGCAGCCUGGCCAUUAGGAAGAAGAUCGAGCCGGAAGUCGUGCUGCAGAGCAGAGUUUCCACUGCAGACAGCACCCAGGUCGAUGGGAGUGCCCUGAUGGGGAAGGAGCUCAUCAGCACCACUCCCUCCAUCACUACAGAGACCAUAUCCACCACCAUGGAGAACAGUCUCAAGUCCGGGAAGGGGGCAGCUGCCAUGAUCCCAGGCCCACAGACGGUGGCCACGGAAAUCCGUUCUCUUUCUCCGAUCAUCGGGAAAGAUGUCCUCACCAGCACCUACGGCGCCACUGCGGAAACCCUCUCCACCUCCACCACCACCCAUGUUACCAAAACUGUGAAGGGAGGGUUUUCUGAGACGAGGAUCGAGAAGCGAAUCAUCAUUACUGGGGACGAAGAUGUGGAUCAAGACCAGGCCCUGGCGCUGGCCAUCAAGGAGGCCAAACUGCAGCAUCCUGACAUGCUGGUGACCAAAGCUGUGGUGUACAGAGAAACAGACCCGUCCCCAGAGGAAAGGGACAAGAAGCCACAGGAAUCCUGACCUCCGUGAGGCGAUGCUGGCAUUCCCAGUCCAAGCCAAGCCAGAGAACCGUUAAGAAGGGGCCUUCACUCUGGAUUCUCCAAUGCAACACCCACGUCCCAGCUGCACAAACUGUCACUGAUGAGAGACUGGGAAGGAAAAAAGCGUAUAUAUAUAGAGAUAUAGAGAUAUACAUAUAUAAACAGGCCAUACCGCGUCCCUGCCCCGCUGCGGGGCAGCCGCCACGGUUGCCAGCAGCAAGCGGCCGACAUCCGAACACCCACGUUUCCUUUGCAGACAAAUUGACGAAUUGGCAGGAUUCUCUGGCCCCUCCACCUCCCCCCACCCCAGGAACUAAAACAACAAAA